AUUAAAUUCAUGACUCAAUAAUGAAAGAUGGAUAUAUGUAGUUUAUUUAAAACUUCAACGGUAUUACUGCUUUUUAAAGGCGCGGGCGUUCACUCUACUGACAUCUGUACCAUCCAUGAAGGGACGGGCCCCUACACGUACUGCGAGGCAGGCUCCUACUGUUGUGAACACAACACACAGUGCUGUGAGAACAGUCUGUCACCACUGGAAGCUGCAGCGAUCGUGUUCGGAGUGCUGUUGGGGUUGUGUCUGUGUAUUUUUUGUGCACUGUUUCUUACAAAGAAGAAAAUGCUUCGUCCUGGACAGGUUGUACAACCAUCUAAUGGCGACUUUGCAAUUUCAAUGAUCGGAGGGCCAAGACCGUCGUACCAGAAUUUCAACAUAGCAAACUAUACAUAUACAGACGGCCGGCCGCACGCUCAAGGACCGCGAACGUCCACGCCGCUCCCGACGGCCCCCGUGCUCCCUCCUCCAUACAGCCAGAUGGACCCCUUCCGUCCGCCACAUUUUUUACAGCCUCCGCCUCAGUAUCAAGAGUCCCCGCUUUGAUAUGCUAUAUACAUGUACCAGCAGAUUAAACGAAUUUGUUGAAUAACCGCUGUGAAAGAAGUUCGGUAUAACAGCAUUCACUUGAAAUAACUACUCCGGUGACAUGAUGUUAUUGUGUUCGUUUUAGUUGUC